UCCUGUCAUCCAGCAGCAGUAUCGCUUUGCAUCCUGCAUUCUCCUCCCACAGCAACAACAGCCGCGCAGCGUGGACUCCAAAUGCGGACUACCUGGAUAACACUGAGUUAAUGUGAGCCGGGAUGCGCUUUUUUCAUUUCGCAUUUUCUAUGGAAACUUUCCCCACCGGAUCAGCCAUGGCAAAAUGGUUUAUCCAAACAUUGCAUGUACUGAUGAUCCUGGAGCCCACUUGGAGUAAAAUGUCUGAGGAUGCGGGAGAAGCCGUGCGUAAAAGUGGUCGUGCAGCGUCGGAGCGGAGCGUCUUUACGCACGGAAGCACCAGCAGCGGGGACAUGGUCUCCGUCAGUAUGUUUAAAGUCUACGAGAGGUACAGCAAGGAGACGAGCAGCCACAAGGAGGGAAACACCGUGAGAAGCUUCACAUCCGUCCCGAGAAUGUUGCAUGGAAAAGAAAUGUUCCAGUUCAACCUAUCGUCCCUCCAAGACUCAGAGGUCAUCCUCUCCGCCUCCUUCCACUUCUUCUACAAACGUCAACACCAACGUUUGGGGUGUUUCCGAAGACCCCACCGCCCGUCCGCCGCCAUCCACCGUCACCCUUUGGUUCUCUUCCAUGGAUUGUUUCCAAAUUCUGCUUCCGCGACGCUUCUUGGAAACAUGACUCUGAGCUCCAUGAAGAAAGGAGCUUGGCAGUCAGCGGAUGUGACGAGCAUAGUGAGAAAAGGCAGGGAUGUGAAAGAUCAGGUCAUCAUGGUGGAAUCUGAUUUGCUUUUAGGAGCGGUGCAACACAGGAGUCCAAACGACCAGGAACGCCUCUCGGAAAAUAUGCCUUUCAUUAUUCUCUAUGCUGAUGACCAAGCUAUAAAUGACCCUAACAGCGUGGCGGCCACCCUCCAGAGGUAUGGACCCUUCACAGUGAAAGAGGAUUCAACUGCAUCAUCUUCAAGAAUCCGGAGAGAGCUCCAUCUCCAGAUACAAACCAACGACAUCCCAGAGGUCCAGUUCAGCACCCUAAAGAACCACGAGCUGUGGCAAAGCACCUACUUCCCUGCCAAAUCGAAGACCAAAUCAGGAAGGAAGCAGAACCAGAAGGAUCGCGAGUCCCUCAGCAAACACCAGGUGCUGAGUUUUGAUGAGAGGACGAUGAAGAAGGCGAGGAGGAGACAGUGGAGCGAGCCCAGAGUUUGCUCGCGGCGCUACCUCAGGGUAGACUUUGCUGACAUUGGAUGGAACGAGUGGGUUUUAGCACCAAAGUCGUUUGACGCCUACUACUGCGCUGGAUCCUGUGGAUUCCCGAUCCCUAAGGUGGUACGACCUUCCAAUCACGCCACAAUCCAGAGCAUCGUCAGAGCUGUGGGAAUCGUGCCGGGUAUUCCAGAACCGUGCUGCGUACCAGAAAAGAUGAGUCCUCUCAGUGUGCUUUUCCUGGAUCCUGAUCGGAAUAUGGUACUCAAGGUUUACCCGGGCAUGUCUGUGGAUACGUGUGCCUGUCGGUAGAAACCGACCUUUUAUUUUCCCCAAACAGACCUUCUGUGAUGACAGGAAGGAUUUACUUUUAUGAGCCCUGGACAGCUUUGGUGACUGUAUGAUGUCAAAAGUCAAAGACUGAAGUCAAUAGACUCACACAGAACACUUGACAAUUCAUUUACAUUAUUUCAACGUAACUUUUUUUAUAUACAAUUGAAGUCAUUUAACACCUCCCAUAUAACUACAAGCCUGAGAGGUAAUGAUUUGUGUAUAUUGAAUAUAAUAAUAACUGCAUUUUUACAGCUAGUUUUGCUGCAGCUGCAACAGAGUGGACAUUUGUGUGUUUGCUGCCACCUGCUGUGCAUUUGUAACAUUGCAGGAGAUGCAGGAAGGGCGCUUCCUGUGCCUAUUCACUUUAAUAAACAUUAACAGUAUUAAUACAAUAUUACUCUUGGUUAUCCAAUACAGUAUGUACAGUUUUUCAAUGUACAGUAAAUAAUCUAAAACGCUAUUUGUAUAAUCACUUGUUUUGUGCAGUACUUUUGCUACUGCUUGACUAAUAUUACAGUAUGCUUGUCAAGGUAAUAAAGUAACUUUUUAUUUAAUUUAAUGAUGUAAUUUUUUGUUACAUUUGUUGAUUAUCUCAACAUUAAAAGGGAUACAGUUGUCCCUUGUCUAUUGCGGUUAAUUGGUUCCAGAUCUGACCACAAUCAAUGUCAUAUUAAUAUUAACAAAUCUGUUUUUUUUUACCAUUAUAGGUACCCUGUAGACAUUUACAUUAAAAUGACUGAUUCAUACUUACUUAAAUAGCAAAUGUUAAGCGGACAUGUUUAACGUAAUACACAACUGUUUUAAAUUUUCAUUUCAAUGCUUGUACGUGCCAACAAAAACUGAUUUUUCUCAAGUUUGCUUCUCCCAACUGUGUUUGUUUUCCACAAAUGCCUGCAUUAUUUAACGUAUCCAUGCCAGUGUUUUUUUUUUUGUCAUUAACAUCCAUCACUUUGAGACACCAUAGUGGGUACUUUUCUACGCAUGAAUGGGCCACUGAAAGUGAUUUUGUUUUUACAAAAGCCUGCAUGAAUCCAGCCAGGGUUGAAAGACAAAAAUGCAUGAAGAUAGGCCAGACUCGGGCCAAUGUCCCCAGACACAUUGGCUUGAUCCCCGGAACCCGCGGUCCUAUCGUCCAUCUCCAUGACGUACAGAGUUCGGUGCUGGAGUGUUAAAUCUGAUCUCAUGUCAGUCAAUUCCAGUGUUUGGUCCCAAAGUUAGUCAAUAGCACUGACUGAUAAGUACAUGUGUACAUUGUCUAUUAAGAUAUUGCGUUUCCAGAACUAUAGCCUAGAACCAGCUUUAGCUUAGCCCAGUUAGCUUAGACCAAAACGAAAGAAAAUGUAGCAUAGUUUUAAAAACAUGUCAAUGUUUGCCAAAUGAAGGCCAAUUUGUAUUUGUUUUGUUGUUUUCCGUAGCUUGUAUCCACGUUUUGAUAAUUUUGGGUCGAGCUAGGGCUAAACAAACUGUUGUUAGCGAAGUCAAACUUUGCUCGUAAAAGUCUAGAAAUUCAAUAACGACAUGCUUAGCUUAGCCCAGAUAGCGUAUACCAAAAAAUCACAUUUUGGCAUAUCAUUUGUUCAAAAUGAAAAUCCAAGCAUUGCUAAGAAAUGCUAAGUUUGUAUUUGUUUUGUGAUGUGAACCCUGUAGCAGCAUUUUGGUUAGCAAGGGCUAGCUACGAUUAGCUUGUUAGCUAAUGCUAAGCUAGUUCUGCAAUGAUUACAGCAUCUCCAUAAAUGAAUAUUGUAACAAUUGAAUGUACAUUUUGUAUUGUAUUGUGUGGCUCGCAAAAAACUAUUUUAAGGUAGCA